AAAAAGCAUGGAAUGUCCAGCUGGAGGCUCCCGCGGCCAGUAGUGGGAGCGAAGCGCAUCCGCAGAGGAUCCUCGGCUGGAGGCUCAAAACCUCUCGCACCCAACCGAACUCCAGCCUCACAUCACACCCUACUGCUCCACACAACACAACACACCCCACACCAGAGAAAUCUCUCUCUAGUCUCUCUCUCUCUCUCUCUACGUUCCAGAGGAAGAGAAACAGAGGGAGAAAAUUUGUGACGGCGAGGCGAGGUCCAAGAACGAGCCAGAAGGAAGGAAGGAGGAGCAUGUCUGCGGCUGCGGCGGCGGCGGGGGAGGGGAAGGAGAAGGGCGGCCCCGGCAGCGCGUGCGAGCUGUGCGGCGCGGCGGCGCGGGUGUACUGCGGCGCGGACGAGGCCACGCUCUGCUGGGGCUGCGACGCGCAGGUGCACGGCGCGAACUUCCUCGUGGCGCGACACACGCGCACGCUGCUGUGCCGGGGUUGCGCGCGGCCCACGCCGUGGUGCGCCGCGGGGCCGCGCCUGGGCCCCACGGCCUCCCUCUGCGACCGCUGCGUCCGCCGCGGCCCGGGCAGCGGCGCGGGCGUCGUGAACGGCGUUGGGGGCGACGAGGAGAUGGCCGGUGAGGGAGACGGCCGCGAGGACGAGGAGGACGACGACAGCGACGAGGACGACGAAGAGGAAGGGGAGGGGGAGAAUCAGGUCGUGCCGUGGGCCGAAGAAGCGGAUGCCACGCCGCCGCCCGUCGCGAGCUCCACUUCCGGCAGCAGCCGGGAAGCCGCCGCCAACGGCGCAAAUGCCGCCGAGUGCGCAAAGGAAGACGUGCCGUGCUCGACGUCCCAGCCGAGCUUGUGCCACUACUCGUCGUCAGCAGGACACGGAGGCCGGAGCGACGAGGCCACCUCCUCCCGGAAUGGAGGCCGGUUCCUCGCAUCCCGGCACAGGAAGAGAUCACCCUCGGAUUUCCUGAGCUCGGGAUCAGCGCAGUCCGGGAGCGGAGCGACGAGGAAUUGCUCCAACGCGGGCAUUGGUCGAAAUGACUUUACCUGAGGCAUUUGAGAUGACGGUGUAGAUGCUGAUGCUAACUACAUUAGGAGGUCACUUUUAGUGUAUCCAAGCAUUGGGGAGAUGUGGAUCACGACGAGAUCAAACUUCCACUGAGGCAUACAUCCUUUUGGUCGUCAAUUUGCACACGAGUUAUGAGGCAGCCGCCCCAGGAACAUGAUAGUAUUCAUAAUCGCGACGGCUUGCUGGAGCUUGUAUUUGUACCCCACUACUUUCUUGUGUUUAAAUUCCUUCCUCCUUUUUGGUUUGUGGAUGAGGUGUGUUGGCUAACCUAAGAAAAUGAUAUAGGCUCGCAUUUGCAGUGGCAUUCGUAAACGGUUUCACCGUCUUAAUGCUUCCUUCCGUCUUAAUGCUUCCUUUUGUGCCAUAUUCUCAGUUUCUCAUUUGUUCAUAAUGCUAGAUGGAUUGAUGAGUUCUGUGGCUGCAAUAGCAGUUGAACAUAUACGAGUAAUACUUUUUAUGGUUGA